AUGGCACACAUGAUGGCCCAAAUAAAUCUACUCACGAAGCAUACUAUCUCCAAGUCUGAAAAGGUAAAUGCCGUGAGUCAACCAAACAGGUUUGAAGAUCAGGAUAUUGAUUUAGAUGACGAGGCAAAUUACCUGGGAAACCAAGGAGGUUUCCAGAAUUAUAACUCAGGAAACCAGGGUUAUAAUUCUGGAAAUGCAUGUCGAAAUUACUCAAGGGAAGGACAAUAUGAUAGGCCAGCAACUAGAGAGCAAAGAAACUGGCAGAACAGAGAUGGGUAUAAAAAUGACCACAGUGGUGUCUAUGUGCCCCCAUGUAAUAGAGACCGAGCAAGUGGUAGUUCCAGCGGGUUUAAGGAAGACAUGUUGGCUAAUAAGGUGCUCCAAAAAGUUAAAUUAACUGAUGCAGGGGUAAAGGAGAUGAAAGGUGACUUUUCUAGUAUGAGUCAACUGGGAGAUUCUCACACCAUCUCUAUCAAGCAAAUUGAGCAGCAGUUGGGGCAACUCUCAAGAAAGAAAAAGAGGCUUAAAAAGAAAGCCGAAGAUGGGAAAUUUGCUAAGUUCAUCACCAUGCUGCGACAACUGUCAAUAAACAUCCCACCGGUGGAAGUACCAGAACAAAUACCAGGAUAUGCCAAGUUCAUGAAGGACUUAGUCACAAAGAAAAGAGCUGUAAGUAUUGAUUUGACUAACCAUGUUCAUCACUGCAAUGCUAUUUCUACCAGGUCUCUGGUGCAGAAGAAGGAGGAUUCGAGUGCAUUUACUAUCAUACCAUGCACUAUCGGAUCAAUCAAAUUUGCAAAGGCCUUGUGUGAUCUAGGGGCCAGUAUAAACUUGAUGCCGCUGGCCAUCUACAAGCAACUGGGGUUAGGAGUUCCAAAACCCACAUCCAUGAGGUUGAUGAUGGUAGAUAGGUCAGUGAAGUGA